AUGCGUCAUUUCGUGUCUUUCGUGGCACUAUUGAGUUCGUACGUGACGGCAGAUAAUGGAAAUGAAUAUCCUACAAAAUCAGGCAUUAAAGCAUGGGUCGAUCCAUCAACUCCAGAGAAUGCACAGCAAAUGACGACAUCUCGAGGAGAGACUUGGCAGCUUGUUAUGAGUGACGAAUUCAACACACCAAAUCGAAGUUUUCGACCUGGUGACGACCAUAUUUGGACAUCGCUUGAAAAACCCGAUGGCGUGAAUGGUGCACUAGAAGUCUAUUCACACAAUAUGACUUCCACGAGAUGUGAUGAUGAUGGAACUUGCUAUUUUUACAUUGAAGCUACUGAUGAUGUGACUUCUAUCAACGUUUACAAUGCAUAUCUUCAACCACCUGGGUAUGAGAAUGUGUCCUUCUACUACCGAGCAGCUAUGGUCCAAUCAUGGAACAAGUUUUGCUACCAAGGUGGUUUAAUCGAAGUGAGAGUGCAGCUACCAGGAGCAGUAUCAAAAAAAUCUGGGAAUCCAGAUCUUGUCCAAGGUAAAUCCGGACGAGUGGCAAGUGGGAUAUAUUACCCAACAUGGCCAGGUAUUUGGAUGAUGGGAAAUCUAGGUCGUGCAAUCUUUUCGGCUUCAACAAGUCGGAUGUGGCCAUUUUCCUAUAACAAGUGCGAACCAGACAUAUUUGAUCCCAAGAACCAACGCAUUAGUGCAUGUGAUGACGAUCCAGGAUACGGCCUUAACAUGAAUCAGGGUCGAGGUGCGCCUGAAAUUGAUAUUUUGGAAGGAGGAGGUUUAGCAAUCUCGUCGUCAUUGCAAAUUGCUCCUGGGAUGCCAAACGACUUUCGACUUUUUCCUGCGGAGGAAUCACACGAUGGAAAAGAUAUUUUCUGCGUUUACAAAUACAGUUGUGAGACUCCUGGUGCGAAUCUUAUCGAUGUUCCCACCGCAUACUACGAGAAGGAACGUGGCCAUAAGUCCUGGUACCAAGGACUCCGGUAUGCCGCUAACAACUUUUGUGAUACGUCAGAUGAUGAAAAACAGGAUGUUGAUAAGGUUAAAGCAUCACUGAAAGCUGGAAUUAAAGAGAACACUUGCACUACUAGUACCUGUCCAGCGUCAUUUGACCCAAACAGUAAUUUGGAUCUGAUUGACGGGUUUGGAGAGAAUUACUGGGGCAUUAAUACCAAUGGUACAUGUUUUCCACUGAUGAACUCGUACAUGGGUGCGUUUCUCUGUGAUCCUGACAACACGGAUAAGAGCUGCAUUGCGCCCCGCAAUUCUUCCACACCGAAAACAAAUUCUAUGGAAUCAUUCAACUACCAAAUGGACGCUAUCUCAGCAAAUUGGCCAGUGCAUUUAGGUGCGUACACAGACUACUUUGUGUAUCAAGUCGAGUGGGUCACUGGUGAAAAAGGUUACGUACGUUGGAUGGGUGCCGGUCAGCCUCUUUUUGAAGUCACAGCUGAGGCAUUUUCAGUUGUUCCACAGAAUGACAAGAAAACUAACCCGCAGAAGCUCAUGUUGGAGGAGCCAAUGUCGAUUAUUUUCAAUGUGGCAUUGUCACGCUCAUGGGGUGCCGUACCUCCGAAUCCCGGCGACGAAUGUCGUGGCGACGGUAGUGAUGAGGAGGUCAACAAGAUUUGCGAUGAGUUUCCAAUGUUCAUGAAGAUAGACUACAUUCGACUUUAUCAAGACUUGAAGGGAAAUCGUGGAGGUGAUGACUAUAUGCAGCUUGGCUGCGAUCCAACGAGCCAUCCAACACGAGAAUGGAUUCAAGGUCACUUGGAUGAGUAUGAAGAUAUCGAUAAUCCUUGGAAAGAAGUAACAGGAAAAGCAUUUUGUGACACCGACGGCGACUGUACAAUCAGCCACGAUGGCUCCCAAAAGUUGGUCACUGGUAGAUGUAUCAAAUCCCGAUGCACAUGUUCUUAUCCAGAUUCUUGGGGUGGACCUCGGUGUACGUUUGCUGCCGCUGAGGAGUUAAGAAGUGCAACUUCCAGCUCUCAGCGUAUCUAUGGUCCUUCAAUGGAGAUGUCGCUCGGUGUGGCAAUUGCUACGCUCAUUUCGACCGUUAUUGCAGCCGGGACGUCAAUUCGAACGCUGAAAAAGCAGGCCGAUGAAGCUAUUAUGAUUGCGGAGGGGAAGAAAUUGGAUCAACUGAGGCCAUCAUUUCCGACACGCUUGAACACAUCUAUACACGAGUUUGACGCGUCACAGCCCAAGGACAACUACAGUCAGAAUUUCUUGUAG